CGCAUCGGCACCCACGGGGGCACCUUUCACUGCGACGACGCGCUCGCGUGCUUCCUCUUGAGGCUGCUUCCCUCUUACCAGGAUGCAGAGAUUAUCCGGACCCGGGAUCCCCAGCUGCUUUCAGCAUGUGACGUUGUGGUGGAUGUUGGGGGUGAAUAUGAUCCUCAGAAGCAUCGCUAUGACCAUCACCAAAGAUCAUUUGAAGAGUCAAUGCACAGCCUGAAACCUAAUAAACCUUGGCAGACCAAGCUGAGCAGUGCAGGGCUGGUAUAUUUCCACUUUGGCUCCCAGAUUUUAGCCAACAAGUUGGGCCUCGAGGAGGAAGAUCCUGUUGUGUGUCUGCUUUAUGACAAGUUGUAUGAGAACUUUGUAGAGGAGAUUGAUGCAAUUGAUAAUGGCAUCUCCCAGUGGGAUGAAGAGCCCCGCUAUGCGGUGACCACCAACGUGAGCUCCAGGGUAGGGUACCUGAAUCCUCGCUGGAAUGACAAGGAUCAAGACACUGAGGCUGCUUUCCAGAAGGCCAUGGCGCUGGUGGGCCAUGAAUUCUUAGACCGGCUUGAUUACUAUUACCGCAGUUGGCUCCCUGCACGCAGCCUUGUGGAAGAUGCCAUCCAACAGCGCUUUGAGGUGGAUCCUAGUGGUGAAAUUCUGGUCCUGGCACAGGGGGGUUGUCCAUGGAAAGAGCAUCUUUUUCAGCUGGAACAAACAAUGGAUGUGAAGAAGCCUCUGAAAUUCAUCUUAUAUACAGAUCUGAGUGGCCAGUGGCGGGUACAGUGUGUUCCGGCCGGGCUGCGAACCUUCCAGAACCGAUUGCCAUUGUUGGAGGAAUGGCGGGGUUUACGUGAGGAGGAUCUCUCCAAGGUCAGCGGGAUCCCAGACUGUGUCUUUGUGCAUUCCAGUGGCUUCAUUGGAGGAAACAGGACUAAGGAAGGUGCACUGGAAAUGGCUCGAAAGACAUUGGCUCAACAAGCUGAACCCAACUGAGGGAUCAGAUUCCACCAAUCUGGACUCCUGGGAAUUGCUUAUUUUGUAGGGUUGCAAUUCAGCCAAUCAAAACCAUUCAUUUUUGUGUGUUUGUGAGAGAAAAUGUUGAAUUAGAGGGAAAUUUCAGGUUGCUCCAUUGAAACCACCUUUGGGAGUGGGCAAGAUAAGGAUUGGCCUGCUGUCCUAGGAUUUCCUUACAGUGGGACUUCAGAGCUGGGUUUGUGGAAAAGUCCUGGAUUUGAAGGAGAGUGCACACAAAGGAAAACCUGACAUAAUGGGGUGGAGAAGGGGAGUUGGGCGUGUGGCUUAUUCAGAUUUUAAAGAAAGUUAUUCGAAGAAUGUGGAUUACGUGUGCUUCAUGUGUAUGUUUCAUUAAUAAAAUAAGGUUCUGUCCCCAAACAGUUUAAAUUUUCUGACCUGAAGUAAUUGUACUUACUUCAGUUACUGAAAAUUGUAUCAGUUAUGCAGCAUUUUUCAUUUGGUGCUUUCUGCUUUGUUAGAUAACAGGACAGGAACAUUUUGAUUAGCCAUUUCUCUCUUCAGAUUUUAAUAGGGGUGAUUUGUAUCAAGAAUCGGCAACUUUUUCUAGGCUUGACCAUUAUGGCCACAGUUUUGUGUAACAGCCCAGGCACCAACAAACAGAAGCUGAAAUUAUGAGAACUGUUGCAUACCAUUAACAAAACCCUCUUAAAAUUUCAGUAAGAUCUUAUGAGAUUUUGGUGUCCUGCCAUAGGGUACUAUGUAAAUGUCUUACAAGAUUUCAAUUAUUGUGAUUUCAGUUUUCGAAUGUGUGUUUUACAAUUUUAAUAACAAAAAUGACUCAUUAAGAAGAGCUGACUUACAAGCCUGAAUCCAUUCUAUGUCCUCUUAUGUGAUGCAAAGCACAUUCAGCCUCUAGAUCAGUGUUUCUCAACCUCAGCAACUUUU